UUUUUUUUUUUUUUUUGCCUGACAGAGAUAGGGUGGGACUAGAGGAAGAAAGGUUAGGGGUCAGGUACUGACCCACAGAGAAGGAAGGGUACAGCCCUAUGAGAGAAGGGGCAGGGUCAGCCUGCUGGUUCCAGAGGGGUUAAGUCAGCAGCCUCCCUUCCCCAUAGCUUCCCCCACCCCAGGACUCAGCGGUGACAGCUGAGGCCAUGUGAGUCUGGUCCUGAAUGAGGCUUUAUCUCUGACGGUUUGUCCCAUCAUCCACUGUGGCACCACCAGCUUCUUCCGGCAGCUUGGAUGGACCAGGCAACUGAGACAGCCCGAGCAAGAGAGGUGAGGGUAACCAUAACCUGGACUGAGAAGAGGAGACUGGACCUCUAGCUGCCCGCCAGGUGAUGGAGUCACAGGGACAUGAUAAACACCCUCUGAACCCUGGCAUUGAUCCUUUAUCCUGACCCUGCCUGACCAAGCCAUGUCCCAACAAGCCUCAGUGGGCAGGGGGCUGCCCCCGGAUGUGCUGGCAGAGCAGGUGGAACUAUGGUGGUCCCAGCAGCCCCGGCGCUCCUUGCUCUGUUUCUCCGUGGCCGUGGUCCUUGUGGCUGGCUGUGGGGCAGGCGGCGUGGCACUGCUGUCCUCUACCAGCAGCCGAUCCGGUGAAUGGCGACUAGCAGUGGGCACUGUGCUCUGCCUGCUGGCCCUGAUGGUUCUGGUGAAGCAGCUGAUGAGCUCUGCCGUGCAGGAUAUGAACUGCAUACGCCAGGCCCAGCAUGUGGCCUUGCUACGCAGCGGUGGAGGGGCCGAUGCUGUUGUAGUGUUGCUCAGUGGCCUUGUGCUGCUGGUCACUGGCCUGACCCUGGCUGGCCUGGCUGCUGCCCCUGCCCCAGCACGGCCACUGGCUGCCAUGCUGUCUGUGGGCAUUACCUUGGCUUCCUUGGGCUCUGUCUUGCUGCUGGGUUUGCUACUGUACCAGGUGGGUGUGAGUGGACACUGCCCCCGGAUCUGUACAGAGGCAUUCUCCACCCGAAAUGGUCACGUUGAUAACGGCAGCAUCUUUAGCAUCUCGGGACAGUUGUCUUCUGGCCAGCGUCAUGAGACCACCUCCAGCAUUGCCAGCCUCAUCUGACAGAGAGGGAGCCCUUCUUCCCAUGGCCUGCCUCAGUAUCCCCAGAACUUGUGGUGGAUAUGCACAGGUGCAUGCAUAUAUGUGUGUCCCCCUGCCAUGGCAUUGCAGGAUAUGUGAUUGGGAGCUCAUGUGCACCCACAUAUCCAUCCCAUGAGCAGGUGAGUGAUACCUCCUUAGGACUGUUUGUAUCUGUGGACUGCCUUGCCCUCUGCCUGGUUCUGGGGUCUCUAGGCAUUACUCAUCUGGGAUCUCCGAAGACUUGACCCAUAUUUCCAAGACCCUACAACUCCAGCCUUGCCCUGUGACAUCAUCAAGGAUCUUCACAGAGGUGACUGUCGCCUAUCCCCAACCACACCAGUGAUCACUCUUGGCAAAACUGAGGGAAAUGGCUUCCUGAUGAGAUGGACCUGGAUGGGGAAGCACCUUUGAGCUUGUAACCUAGCAGCCGGGGCCAGUGAGAGGCCACUCCUGCCUCAGUUUCUUAGAACAGUGUUGCUAUCGAGUCUUAGGUUAAAUGCCUCUUGUGUGAGAUGAUUGGGCCCCUGGAAAAUGUUCAAUUAAAUGGUGACUGUAUAUAGUGAGAAAGAAAUAAAUUAUGGGGAAAAGGUGUCUGUAGUUGUUGUGUUCCCCAUGGCAUCUCACCUCAGAGACCCUCAUGCCCCACCCCCAUGGCCUACUCAUCCCAGGCCAUAGAGCCACGGUAUCUUCAGCCAGACUUGGGGUUUCUCUUCUUAUGAGAGAAGGGGGAAGGGUCAAGAGGAAUACACGGGUUUGGAAAGACAGUAGGUUUCUGGUCCCAGAGAGAUUGGGGAACCUAGUCCUUCACACGUGUUGACUUGCAGUUCAAGGGGAGAUUUAACUGGCGACUGUGUCUCCAGAAACGUACCCCUGCCCUUACGUACAGUCUGCCUUCUGUGAAACUAGAACAGCCUGCAGUCCCUGUGGCCCUUGUACCAGUUGGCCUGCUUCUGGGUUCCCGGCACUGAGGAGGUGUGCCGGCCCUUCUGAGGCAGUAAGUCACUUCCUGCUUGGAGUUGCCCGGGAAGGACUCUCCUUUUCCCUGUAGUUAUGUGUUUCCUUUCCAGGUGACAAGAUCAUAGGUUACUACUUUGGCCACUUCCUGCUUCACAAGGUAGAGAUUAUCAGAGACUCAGAGAGGCACCUGUCUCCUAAAAGACGCUGAUGCUGGAGAAACUUGGGGUAGUAAAAUGGGUGCUAAAGGAUUUACUAAUAAACUCGCUUGGGAAAUA